AAAACAAUCGGUUGCCCAAAUACAAGAUGGCGCCGACCACGAUAAAAAAAUUAAAAGCGGCUGUAACUGGCCAACCAAACGAUGAAAGCUCACUUAUAACUGAGAUUUCUGAUGCCACAACAUUAAGCUGGUCUACAAGAAUAAAAGGAUUUAUCAUUUGUUUCAUCUUGGGAGUUGGUUUCAGUUUACUUGGAAUUGUUAUGUUAUUUCAAAACAACUAUAAAUUGUUUGCAGUUUUUUACUCUUUUGGAAAUGUUACUGCAUUGGCAAGUUCAUUUUUCCUGACUGGACCUUUGAAGCAGCUGAAAAACAUGUUCAAGGAAAAGAGAUUUAUUGCAACUAUAGUGAUGUUGGUUUGCCUUGUGUUGACGUUGUGUGCUGCUUUAUGGUGGAAAAACAAUGGAUUGGCAAUACUUUUUGCAAUUCUACAGUAUCUUGCGAUGAUUUGGUAUUGUUUAUCAUAUAUUCCAUUUGCAAGGAAUGCUGUUAAAGGUUGUAUAAACAACUGUCUGGCAUAAACCACUAUGUGGAAUUAUUUUUACCAAUAGACGUUUUCAUUCAUAAAACAUUAGCAUUGUAAAGAUCAAAAACCAUUGAACAUCUUAAGGAGAAUGCAAACAUUCAUUUAGAUAGACAAAAAAGCUUCCACGCUGAUACAUGUAAUUCUGCUCUGUCUAUUGUGUGAAUCAAAUUCUACCAUUUGAUAAUUUACUCUUGAGGUUAUGUUUGUUACUACAUGAUUAUCAAUUAAUGGUAGGCCUAUUUAAGAGGUAAUAGCUAUAAUUAGAACACUUGUGAAUAUAAAUUAAGCAAUUAAAACAAA